UAACAGUUGGAGAGUGAAGACGUAAGUUUAGCAGCGCUAACGAAAUUCUUCCUGAUAAUUCCUCGCGACGGUUACUUCCAGUUCAAUUCACAUGCUGAUACAAUGGAGUUUGCGUAUGGUGAAUUCCGCUAAACGAAAGAGUUGCAAAAAUGUGUUCCUACUCACAACGAGAGAGGAGAAGAGUAAAGUGAUCUAAGAAUAAGAAGGAGAUGCCAAGAAGCUCGCAUUAUAUGCACAGCAAUAACAAGUCUGGCUAAAGACACGAAGCUCUCGAAUGCAUGAUAAAGUGAGGAAAAUAUAUAAAUAUACAUGUGAAGGAAGCAUUAAAGAAGAGUGAAGAAAAAAAUCAUUUAUAUACGGCCAAGAAGACUAAACAAAACACACUGAAAUAACAACGACGUAUUUUCUAUUUACAAUGUUUCCAGUGAUGCUAAAAUAAGUGAAAAGAAGAAAAAUUUCAGUAGAGGAAUUCGGCAGAAGAAUAAGAAAUGCGAAGCUUAAUCGAGUGCGCCACAGUGCAGUUGGGCUGAGGAUUUGUGUUGAAACGUGAAUCAGCAGCAUCGUGAACCGAAAUGAGUAAAAAGCAGUGAAGUGAAAAGGACAAUUCGUAUGUUUCGUUGCUUGAAAUACCGCACGAAAAUAUGAUGAUGGAGGAAGCGAAUUAUAUGCUGACUGAAAUCCCUGGUGGGUUUAUAUCCCACCGACCGCAUGCAAUACACCGCUUCGCACCGUAUCCGUUACAUCAGCCGCAUCUGCAACCCGCGCCGAUAUAUAUUCACUCGCAGCCGAGAGUGGUGAGCCGACCGAAAACGCCACCUACGCCACCGGCACCGGAAGGAACUCACAUCGGACAUCUGUAUCCGGAGAUUUUAGCCAUCAUAUUCGAAAAGCUCAGUGUAAAGGAUCGCGGUAGAGCAGCACAAGUGUGUACAGUGUGGCGCGAUGCGGCAUACUCAAAAAGUUGCUGGAGGGGAGUGGAAGCUAGCCUUCACCUGUGGCGACGGUCACCUAGUUUAUUCACUUCAUUGGUGAAGCGCGGCAUUAAGAAGGUGCAAGUGCUUUCCAUAAAAAAAUCUGUGAAAGACGUUGUUGUUGGUAUACCAAAUUUAGAAUCGUUAAAUCUUAGUGGAUGCUACAGCAUUACUGAUAUGGCAAUGUACUAUUCAUUUUCAACGGAUCUACCAAAUCUUAGGCUGCUGGAUCUUUCUUUGUGUAAGCAGGUCACAGAUUCCAGUCUAGGUCUUAUUGCACAACAUUUGAAAAAUAUAGAAGUACUCGAGCUGGGCGGAUGCUGCAAUAUUACAAACACUGGUUUGCUGUUGAUUUCUCUAGGUCUCAAAAGAUUGAAAAGGCUAAAUCUACGUUCAUGCUGGAAUGUUUCUGAUCAAGGUAUAGGACAUCUUGCUGGGCUCAGUAUUGAAACCUCAAAUGGCAUUCCGAGUUUGGAAUAUUUAGGCUUACAAGAUUGCCAACGAUUAUCGGAUGAAUCACUUCGGCAUAUAGCACAAGGAUUAACAUCUCUAAAAACCAUCAAUCUCAGUUUUUGCGUGUGCGUAACUGACAGCGGCUUAAAACAUUUAGCAAAAAUGACCAAACUGGAGGAGCUGAAUCUGAGAGCAUGUGAUAAUAUAUCGGACAUUGGAAUGGCGUAUCUUACAGAAGGAGGAAGUUCCAUUUCAUCGUUGGAUGUAAGUUUUUGUGAUAAAAUUGCAGAUCAGGCGUUAACACACAUCUCGCAAGGACUGUUCCAUCUAAAAUCUCUUAGUCUCAGCGCAUGUCAGAUAACUGAUGAAGGACUGGCCAAAAUCGCUAAGUCGUUACAUGACCUAGAAACACUGAACAUCGGUCAGUGCAGUCGUGUUACUGACAAAGGACUAGAGGUUUUGGCGGGGGAGCUAAACAACUUACGUGCCAUCGAUCUAUACGGCUGUACUCGAUUAUCGCCGCUUGGAUUAAAUAAAAUUUACAAACUACCGAGACUGUCUAAAGUUAAUUUAGGAUUAUGGCAUGUCAGGUGAUGCGUUAUUCUAUUACAAAUUAAUUGUUAAAUUUUAGUUUUUUUAAAUUGAAAUUGUAAUUAGAUAUGCGAUAGUAUUCUCUGUUACAGGGAUUGUAGAUGUAAAUUGUAGGAAAGAAAUGAUCACAAAAUCCACAAUCUAGCAAAAGAAAAUAUUAGACUAAAGGAAAUAUAAACAUAUUCAAUAAAUACUCUCUGUCGUCCAUCCUUCUGAGGGUUGAAUGCAACUACUGCUAAAACUGGAUAUAAAAUAUUUGCUAUGUUAGCAGACAAAUUAAAACAUUCUGUAAAUAUUGGAGAAAUUGUGAAAAAGACUCUUAAUAAAAUCAGGAUAACCAUGAUAUUAAGCUUUUCCUGAACGAUACAUAACAUUUGAGUUUAAA